UCGACUCGCGCAUGUACAGCUAAGCUGUUAAGAUCUCCGCAGUCCAAUUUCGGCGGACAAAUGAGUGUCAUUUGAAUAAACAGUGUCUUGGACUGACUUUAGUGCCAUUAUUUUAGGUUUUUUGGUGAUAGUGUCGAGAGCGAACGAAGAAAAAUUAAUUUUAACUGUGAUAGUGUCGUUUUCAGUGAAGAUCUUAGACACAUGUGUUUGGAUACAUUUAAUAUUUGCGAGUGAUGUCAAGUGCCAAAACAAAUAUAAGAUAGGAAAAUGGAAGGAAAAAUAUCCCACAGUGGUCUCUUGGCUCGAAGCCCCGAAGGCCAUGCGGCUCGUGGUAUGCAGAUAAAAGGUAACGAGGACCUUUGGGUGGAUAUACAAGCCAAUACUUUCAGAAAUUGGGUGAACGAACAUUUGCCGCAGGAUUUAAGGGUGGCAGAUUUAUCGAAAGAUUUAUGUACAGGAGUCAGAUUAUGUCUGCUGGUAGAAGCUCUCAGAAAGAAGCCUUUGAAACCUUCCUGGAACAAGAGGCCGGCCAAUCAACAUCAUUAUCUGGAAAAUGUAACUUGUGCUUUGAGUGCUAUAGAACAAGAUGGAAUUAAACUUGUAAAUAUAGGUAACACGGAUAUAGUUAACGGCAACUUAAAACUAAUCUUAGGUUUAAUAUGGUCGCUAAUCGUCCACUACCAGAUCGGGCGAUCCAAAUUUCCUCCUCGGAAACUCAUGCUGUCAUGGCUACAAGCAGUUCUUCCAGAAUGCAAAGUUUCCAACCUUACUACCGAUUGGAAUUCUGGUGUGUUACUGUCUGCAUUGGUAGAUUACUGUCGGCCUGGUCUCUUCCCACACUGGAGACAAUUAGAUCGGUCGAACGAGAUAGAAAACUGUCGCCGUGCCAUGAAUAUAGCGCAGAAAGAUUUAGGAAUUCCUGCAGUCUUAGAACCGGAAUAUUUAGCGUCUCCCUGGCUGGAUGAGCUUUCCGGUAUGACAUACCUUUCGUACUUCAUGAAACCCGGAUCACCAGGAUUUUAUGCGACGCUUAGGUGGGUCAACUCCAGACUAGAAAGAUCUAUUAAUAAUUUUACAACUGACUGGAAUGAUGGUCGAGUAAUUAGUGAAGUAAUCAGAUCUCUAGGAGGUUCUGCUGCAGCUCCUGAGAAGCUCCGAUCUGAUUAUGCCUACUGGGAACAAAACCAAAUUCAAGCCAUAGAAGCUGGACGCCGAUUAGGCGUUCAACCAGUUUUGUCAGCAAAGGAUAUGGCCGACAGAAAUGUAGAGCACUUAGGUGUCAUGGCGUAUGCUGCUCACUUCCAAUGGGUACCUGAAAGACCUCCUCUUCACGAUCUUAUCAACGUGACUCUUAAUUCAACGUCCGGAAGAGUUGGAGAACCGACUUACUAUCAAGUAACUCUACUCGACUCGUCACUUUCUUACUCCAAACUAUCCACUGAAAUCCGCGGUCCAGACAACAAAAUAUACCUGGGCAGCAAGCUACAACAAGGAAAAGGAAAUUUUGUGCCCUCUAAAGUGGGUAUGCAUGAGAUCAUCGUGAAAUACGAAGGAGAAGAAGUCCAAGCAGGCCAUUAUUUUAGAGUUUUACCACCACUAGUAGAAGUAGCACCCCCAGGUAUGGCUCCUUGUGCUCUGGGGUCUUUGGUGCAAGUCCUAGUCAACGCUACUGGUGCACCAAGAAGAGAAGACAUCCUAGUAACAGCCUAUAGUCCCAGUGGAAGACCACUAGAUUGUCCCUUGACAGUUAUAGACGGAACUAAUAGUGCCACCUUCAAACCAGAUGAACCAGGAGAGUGGAGAAUAGAAAUAACUUACCAGGGAAAACAAAUUCAGGGAGGUCCUUUUACAUGCUCGGUCUUCGACCCCAAUGGAGUGCAAGUGUCUGGAAUAGAGGGAGCGCUGCCUCUGAUUCCGCAUGCUAUUGAAGUAGAUUGUAGAGGUGUUGGAGUACCAGGAGAAGUUGUAGCGGAUAUUGUCCAUGAUAAAAAAUCCGUUCAUUGCCACGUGGAGAAAAUAGACAAUUUCCACUAUAGGAUACAUUUUACGCCAAAAGACGCUGGGAAACACAGAGUUUACGUUUACUUCAAUGGUUAUGAUGUAAAAGGAUCGCCAUUCAUGAUGAGAGUUGGUACACAAAAACGUUCCAAAAUAAGUAGCAGUCCCACUUCCCCCUACAGAGCGAGUCCAACAAAUAGAUUUAACAGUCCUAGUCCGAAUCUGUCAACACCAACGAAAAACUCCAGUUACACAAGUUACAGGCAAAAUGCUAGCCCACUGUUGGACGAAACCCAUAAGUUUGCUCAAGAUUACCACAUGAAAUCUGUAUCUGAAAAAAGGAUGCCAUCUAGUUCCCCCAUUUACCAGGACCGUACGCAUAGCCCCAGUUAUAAUCAAAGAACCCACAGCCCCGUGUACAGAACCGCUAGUCCUAAUUUUCAUCCGCCUAGUCCUAAUUAUCGUCCUAAUAGCCCGCCCGUACAGGGACGAGAUAGUCCAGACUUCAUUACUAGUCGAAAACUAAACGAAAAGAGGUACGACUUUACCAACAAGAUGUCUUCAAUGAGACUCGAGGAUUCUAGAAGCCCCAGUUACUUAGAAAGGUCCAGUCCAGACGUGGGCUUCACUUCCACCUCUAGAUAUGACAAAAGAGUAAGCGAAAAUCGAGUAUUUACAAACUCAUCGAAUGGUGUAGACACAACUCCAAUAAUCAAAGUUUCAUCACUCAAUGACCAAUCUUCCGCGAGAAGAGAUUCCUGGGACGCCAUAGCAAAAACCAAAAAUAUUUUGUCAGACAGAAGCUUGGAAUCUUUGGCUAAUUUGACUGAAUCACAGUUGGAUACGGACAUCAGGAGAAGAAAAGCUGAGGAACAUUCUAAAUUUGUACUAAAGGAACAGAGUUAUCAGACGAACUAUAAUGAGAAUUAUUCUUCUUCAAAGAAAUAUAGCGAUAGUUUCGGAAGGAAUUCACCAGUUUACAGCAGGGUAAGAAAAGAUGGAGGUGCUUCGUCGGUUAAAGUUCAGCCUGUUCCUGAUGGGGUGCUAGGCCAACCAGUAGAAUUUGAAAUUGAUGGUAGUGGAGCAGGAUCGGGAGACUUGGAAAUAUUGGUCGAAGGUGGUCGUGUUACGUCCAGUGUGAAGAGUUUAGGUGGACAAAGGUUUCGAGCUGCCUUUACUCCUCAUCAGGCUCUACCCCAUAGAGUAGAUAUCAGAUUUAAUGGGGAGACAGUGCCAGGCAGCCCUUGGCAUGUCAACAUCAUGUCCAACAACUCAGCCCUCUCCGUCCUCGGCGAGGCAACCCGCCUCGUGCCGGCCAACUCACCCGCUGUCUUCGAGAUAAUCACCCCCUCUUCCACUCCGCCAUCUGACCUUCGUGUGCACGUUGUAGCCCCUUCGAAACGCGUAGUCUCAGCCCGAGUGAUUCCCGGCAACAGACUCGGGGUGCACAGUGUGGAAUUCGUGCCUACAGAAAUCGGUACGCACUUGAUCGAUGUGUCUGUUGAUGGAGAAAAACUGCCAUCGGGGCCUCUUAUGGCCAAAGUUUACGAUGCUGGACUUAUUCAAGUGGCGGAUGUUGGAGGAGGGGUUGUAGGACAACCUGUACAAUUUAGAGUUGAUGCCAGCCAAGCGGGCGAAGGUCAACUAGAAAUAUCGAUAAACGAAGGCGAAGUACCAAAUCACGUUCAAGUUGUAGGAGGAGGAAGAUGUUUAGUGUCUUUUACACCAGAUCAAGCAAAACCCCACCUUAUAGACAUUAAAUUUAACGGCGAAACAGUCCGAGGAUGUCCCUUCGUGUGUGCCGUUUCAGACACUAGUCGAGUGACCUUGUCGUUGUCUCAUUUAGAGCUUAUUCCCGUCAACCAACCCAGCUCGUUCCAUAUGGGUGUGGCGGGUGGAGGAGCUGCAGAACUAGCAGUAGCUGUCAGGGGUCCAGUAGGGGAACUCCCAGUCAAAGUUACUGGAGAUAUCCAUUCUGGAUUUACAGCUGAAUUCACGCCUACUCAAGUUGGCGCGCACCAGAUAAGCGUGGAUUACAACGGCAGACCUGUACAAGGUACUCCGUUCAUCGCUAAAUCCUUUGACUCCAACAAAGUUACAGUUGGAACAGUUGCCAGAGGUACUGUCGGUCGACCAGUUACUUUCUCAGUGGACGCUUCCGAAGCUGGUGAAGGAAACCUAGAAAUAACCAUCUCAGCUAGAGGCUUAAACAUUCCCACGCAAGUUCAUCCUCAAGGCAACGCUAGAUUCGCUGUUAGUUUCGUCCCCGCUGAAGCAUGCGAUCAUGUAGUGAAUGUAGCGUUCAACAAACGACCUGUAGUGGGUUGCCCCUUAAUAGUUAAUGUUGGAGGCAGUGGGACGGGACCUAGUGUUACGUUACCGGGUCCUGGACCAGUACACAGACCCAGUACGCUGUUGAUUAAUCAUCCUGGACGGCUAGAGGAUAUUGAAGUCAAUGUUGAGGGUCACAGACGUUACGUGUACUAGACACUUUUGACUUCUCUUUGUAUAUGUAUUUACUAACAACAAUUUUUUAUCUAACAACCCUUCCGUUUCCCUAUACUCCUUUCUAUUUUAAAGAAUUUGAUGUUAAAACGAAAAAAAUUUAACACAUUUUAAAAUUAGUUAAAGGAAUGGUGUUUUUCUAUAUACGGUUUUGUAUAGUGUCCGUGAUUCUAGAUUGUACAAUUUCUAUUUAAGUAAAAAUGUUUUCAAUAUAUUUUUUAUUUAUUGUUUUAAAUUUAAAUUUAAAUUUAAAAUUUUUUAAAUAUGUAUAAAAAAUCUUAAUAGUCUUGAUGUAAAAAAUCUUUCAACGUGGAAAAGAAAAUACACGUCUUGUUGGUAAGGGAAAUGCAUAAUGUAUAUAUUUUUACAUUAAUUACUUUACUUACAUAACCUCUCAGACGUCUCCAUAACGUGAGAUAUAAAUACCGUGAGAUGCAAGUUCUAUAGUACCUAAAGUACUAAAUUAAGUAUUGGAGUUGACGUCGCAUUGUCAUGUGCGAAUGGAUUAUGUAAACUUAAAUUUUUUUUCUAUUCUCAUACUUCAAUAUAAUCAAUUGAUUUCCCUACCUGUAAAUUUGAAUAUAUUUUUGUGUUGUGAAUGAUCAUAGAAAAAAUCAUGUACAUAAAACUUGUGUUUAAUUAUCAUUAUGAUACUCGUAUUCUAUACGAAACUCGCCGCUUCGUGGCUCAUUUUGUAUCCAUCAUACUCGCAUCAUAAUGACUAUCAUUAAAUGCUCGUUGCAUAAUAUAUUAUUGAUGGAUUUGAUAGUUAUAUUUUCAUUUAGACUUCCAUUUUUUUGAGUUGAAUAAAAUUAUUACAAGAUAUUUAGGCGUCCAAUCAAUUGAAAUAAGUUAAAUAAAACCAAUAUGACCAAAUGUAUUGAAUACAUUUUGAUAUCUCUGAUACUGUUAACCACUUCAUAAUUACCAAUAUCAUAAAUCCGAAAAGCUGGUAUUUUUUCACAAUUAAAAAAAAAGUUCUCCUACAACUAGGGACGAAUUUAAUCACUUUUUUUUAAUUCAAAAUUUGCUUGUUUAUAACAAUUAAAAAACUAAUUAUCGGCAUUUGAAAGAUCAACGACUGAAGUACAGACUUACCUUGAAUGUGCAUACCUUGAAAAAUAUUGCCAUUACAGAGUUGUCUACAAAGUUUCAAAAUAUAGACCUCCAAUUCGUAACUUGGAGUGGUGAAAGGGUUACUUUAAAUUUUGCGUUAUAAACUAUACACCGCUUUUCGUUAAUGCAUUUUGAAGUUUCUUUUUUAAUUUGUUUGUACUCUUUUCAUAAAUUACGAAUGUCCCUUUUGUUAAUAAAUUUAUGUUAAAUUAACGAUGUAAAGUGUUUAUUAAAUAAUUACCUCCAAAUCCGUUCAAAAUGCUUUACAUUCGUUCAAAAUAUUUCAUUCAAAAGAAACUUUUUGUUUAUAUAAGGGACUUUCGGCACUCGGUAAUGAUGUAAUUUUUCAUUCUGCGUUUAAAUUUUUUUUAUGCCCAGAAACACGACCCGACACAGAGAGGACAAAAAGAUUGCUAGACACAGCGGAGAUAAAAACCCUUCGAAAAAUCGAUGGUAAGACUCUAUGGGACAGAGCUAGAAGUACAGAUAUACGACGGAGAUGCAAGGUGGAUAACAUUAAUAACUGGGUAAGAAACAGAAGAAUAGAAUGGAAUGACCACAUAAGCCGAAUGACAACCAAUAGGGUAGUCAGGACAGUGAGAAACGGUUCCCCAAUAGGAAGACGAUCAGUGGGAAGACCACGAAAACGAUGGAACGACAACUUACUAGAGGCACAUUGAAAAAACAGACAGAGUCAUGUCUAUACAAAAAGAAGAAGAAGAGAAGAAGAAGCAUUUAAAUUUUUCAAAAAUAUUUAUAUUUCAAAAAAAAUUUCUCAGGAUUCGAAAAAAAAAUAAAUGCAUAUAAAUAGCAUUGGACCAAGAUUUUGCGCCUACCCCCUUAACAUUAAUUAAAACUAAAUAAUUUUUAGGUUUUUUUACACUUUUCUAAGCAACAAAAUAGUUCAACAUUCGUAAUCCGCCACUUAAAGAUUUUAACGUGUUUUAUGAAUAGUUACAUACCUCGAAAUCCGUUGACAAUGCUUUACUUUUUACUUGUACACGAAAGUUCUUAAAAUGGUGCAAUUUGGUCUUAAAUUGUUAAUAAAUGUAAGAAGUCUCGAAUCCACUGCAGGUAACAAAGGUUUUGGUUACCGAUGUUCAUAAAACUUACAAAACUUGUCAGAUACAUGGCGCCAGAUCAAAGUUCCCAAUAGACUACUUUCUCUGGACUUUAAGGAUCUAACAUUUAUUAAGAUCUAUGUACUUGGAAAAAUUUUUGGAAUCAAGAUAUUAAACAUGACGAUGAGAAACUUUGACAAUAAAUAUAAUAACGAUCCAAAUGAUAAGGGACUUACGGAAGAGAUUAUUAUGAAAUUAGGAAAACAUUAUCGUUAGUAUAACAACAAGUCAUGGACCUAGAUGGCUUGUAGUAAAUACUAAUUUACAUACAACACACUUUUGCAUGAUAGCAUAAUAUCUUCUUUCAUUUUACAUAAUGGAUGUUCUGACCUUGAAAACCUCUGCUUUCUUUGAAUCACUGGAAUCAUUCAUAUUUUUCAAAGGUUACUUCAAUACCCACGCAUGAUUUCUAUGACAAUAAUCAAUUCAAACAUCAACUUUUAACAAAAAUUUUUUUAAAGAUUGUACAUAUAGGUACCUACGUAAAUAAUAGAUAAUUAUCUUACUUUCUGUUAUAUCAUACUUAUUCGAGAAGGCUUUACCAUCUAAUGUCAGAUAUAAAAGUUGUCAUGCGUUUUGGAAAACCUUUCUCCUGGAAAAUUUUUUCAGUUUAUUUGAUGGACCUCAAUUCUACCAAGAGAUAUUAUAAAAGUCAAUCUUAAUAUUAACAUUUUCAAAGGUAGGAAGGAUACUAGAUUAAUGGGAUUCUUCUUUAUUAGAAGGACAUUAUGUGGUUUUGUUUACAAAGCCAUUACAAAGUCAAAAGGUAUUGCUACUUAGUGAUACACAACACAUAUUAUAUUAUUAUACACAUAGUAUAUUAGGAGCUACCUAUGCUCAAAAUUAGGUAUUACAUCUUUAAGAGAAGAGAAAUGAUACGUACAUUUCUAUAUUAUAAUAUACAAUAUAACUUGUAAAAAGUUAAAGACGUAUAAAUAUAUAUUGACGAAAGACAAAGUAGUUGCAACUGAAUAAAAAUGGUAUACAUUUUUAUUUUAUAGUCGUAUUACUCCGUAGAGUAACUAGGUGCAUUUUUCCGUUGGAACUUUACCAGCUGCAGACGGGGGAUGUGAAUUGCAUAGUGUAGAAUUCCUUCCCUCUCGUCUUAACUGCAGCAUCCAUUUGACUUGCAAAUUGUAGAAGUCUUGGAGGUGUCACCAGGAAAGUGUACCAAUAAGUUUUCAAUUUAAAAAUCUUUUAGUAAUAUUUUUAAUAUUUUCAAUAUCAAGAAUUUACUAUUAGGAUUGAAAACUACUUCGUCUUUCAAUGCCAGAUGGCGCUAGCCACCUACUAUCAUCACUUCAGUUGCAAUGGGUGGGAAAACCUCUCGAUGCGAAUCAGUUAAAAUAUGGAGAACAGUGCCUACGUUCUUUCCGAUGAAGGCUCCAAUAAGAGCCGAAAAUCGCGAUUCAAGGGACUGGACUGCACUCCGUAUUUUAAUUGAAAAAUAAGAUUGUUUUGCCUUCGCAUUGCAACUGAAUAAAAAUGGUAUACAUUUUUAUUUUAAAAUAUAUAUUGCUUUGAAAUGAAAGCAUCAUCCGUUAUAGCUACCAAAUGCAAUUUCUGUUAGUAAAAGUUAUUUUUUUAUUAUUUUUCUCUAAUUAUUCUUAAUAUAUACCUAAUUGAUACAUUUGCUUGCAUAAACUGCUUUAAUAAGCUCGGAUUUUAUGAAUGCCAUUUAACCUAGCAUGUAAAACCUUUUUUGUGACUAAUUUUCUCUUAAUUACUAACAACACAUUUGCAUAAGACGUUAUAAAAAUUGAUCGAAUCGGUAUAAAAAGCUAAAAUUGAAGUUUGACCUAGAUCCCAAAAGUUUAUCGAAUGCAAUUGAGCGACAGAAAUGUUAAUAGACAACAACAAUGUAUGGAUAUUAGUUAUUAAAAUUACAGUUCGAGUUUCAUAACUACAAAAGUCUCCUUGAUGUGUCCAAAAGUCUAUGAAUUCAUGGAUUUUAGACAGGGUAUCUUGAGAAAUAUUUUCUUCAUUCUGCCGUCUUCUUUCUCUUAGACCGUCCGCACAUGGGUCGAUCGAAGACAUGUCUCGAAGUUCGCGCGUCUUGCUCGUCUUGUACGAACCCUGCGACACAAGCGAUUGCCCUCUGCACACUAGUCGAUUCUGUUUUUAUAAAUUAACGCAUUUUUUAUAUAGUAACCAAAACGACUAUUUCGAUCUGUGAAGAGUACGGUAUUAUUACAUUUUUAUACGGUUGCAUUAUACAGUUGAGGAUAUUUUUCUACUUCCUUAACGAAUUUUAUAAUAAACAUCUAGAAACAGAAGUUCAAUGUUUUCAGAAUUUUACAUUACAAACAAUAUAUUUCCACAAGGCUAAUAGUACUACAAUCAACGAACAUAUCAUUCACCGAUCUUUAAAAAGACUAAAAUUUAAUUUAGGGCAAAAAUCAACAAAAACGAAGCAAACAAAUAAAAUAAUGACUAAACGUGCGUCUCACUCGAACUUUCUCGUUCGCUUCAGAUCGCACGGAACGAGAGUCGUACAAGACGAGGAUAUUUUGCAAUCGUAAACGCCUCGUGUACGGAGCCCAAUGCCACAACGAAGGAACUUGAGUGGCAGGGAGAGAUCUACGCGAUUUGAAUCGAGUCGAGUGCUUCGAGCGUCGCUCCAUAUGCGGACGGCCUAAGACCGUCCGCACAUGGGGCGACGCUCGAACUACUCGACUCGAUUCCAGUCACGCAGGUCUCUCCCCGCCAGUAAAGUUCCUUCGUUGUGGCAUUGAGCUCCGUACACGGAGCGUUUAGGAUUGCAAAUCUCCUCGUCUUGUAUGACUCUCGUCGCUUGCGAUCCGUAGUGCACGAGAAAGUUCGAGUGAGACGCACGUUUCCAGUCAUAAUAGGUAGUUUAUUUUAUUUGUUUCCUUCGUUUUUUGUUGUUUUUUGCGCUGAAUGAAAUUUUACCUUUAUUUAAAGAUCGGUGCAUGUUAUGUUCGUUGAUUAUAGUACUACCUACUAACUUUGUGGAAAUAUAUUGUUUGUAAUAUAAAAUUCUGAAAACAUUGAACUUCUGUUUCUAGGUGUUUAAUGUAAAAUUCGUUGGGGAAGUAGAAAAAUGUCCUCAGUAUAAUGCUCAUUGUAUUCAAACUAUACUAAAAAUGUAACAAUACCGUACUUUUCAUAAAUCGAAAUAGUCGUUUUGGUUGAUAUAUAAAAAAUGCGUUCUUCCUGGUUGGAAGAUGUGAGCAAAAUGAAUCGACUAGUGUGCGGAGAGCAAUCGCUUGUGCCGCAGGGUUCGUACAAGACGAGCAAGACGCGCGAACUUCGAGACGUGUCUUCGAUCGACCCAUGUGCGGACGGCCUUAGUCUUCUGCCCUAAGGUUUACUACCUAGUGCUUUUCUUGCUAAUUUGUCGUCAUGUAUACUCACUACAUGACAAGCUCAUCACUAUCUAGGGUCACCACUGGCGGAUCUAGGGGAGUGUCACGGGGGUCAUGACCCCCCAAUAAUUGUAAACCCAGUUAUCCUAGGGUUGGUAAGACUAAGUGACCUUGCAUCAGAGAAAGGUAACUAAAUCAUCCUCAAGACCCAUGACCCCCCCCCCCCCAAACAAAAUUUCUGGAUCCGCCACUGAGGGUCACUGAAGUCAAGUGAAUUCUGAGAUAGGUAUUUUUUGUACAAUCGUUAACAAUGAACUUAAAAAAAUGAAAUUUAUGAAAAUAUCAACCUCAAUGAAAUAAUGAAAAAUCUCAAACCUCAAUGAAAUAAUGAAAAAUCUUCUAAUAAACGGACCAAAUGUCAAACGAGUGGAAAAAUAUGUAUACCUGGAAACAGUGAUUAACUCCACAAAUGAUUAAUAAUUCCAGGAAUUUAAAAUCAGGAUAGAAAAGAUACUAGAAAACCCCAGCAAUUUAGUGUGACGAUGAAUUGCUACGAUUAGUUGAUUUUUUUAAAGCUGUUUAGACGCUGCGAUAUAUUGUCGCGAUUCAUUAUAAACUGAAACAACUCGAUCGUUACAAUAAAUUGAUGCAAUCCGAUACCAACUCCAAUCCAACUCGAAUUCCGAUAAAUUGCUGCGAUAUACCGUUUACACAGAACGAUAAAUUGAAACAACUCGAUCGAUAUCGACAAAUUGUUCGAAUUUAUCGCGGUGUCUAAACGCUGCCUUAGAAUUAGAUUGGCGAGGUGCACUCGCAUUCUAAAAAUAUCGUAAACAGAACAGAUCACAACCAAAAGGCUGUGUAGGGUGAAUAAAAAAAGGAAAUUUUGAACAUAGUCAAAACAAGAAAAUUGAAAUACUCCGGACAUUACACCUAGAGGGACAUACACCUUAUUCCAACUGAUUGUGCAGAGAAAGGUCGAAGAAAGAAGAAGCGUAAGAAGGCAUAGAAUAUUGUUUUUAUCACAUCAAAAUGCUUUUUUACACAAUAUGGUGCUUAGGACACUAACUUUUAUUUUUAGGCUAAUUUCUCGUACGAGUUUGUGCUACAAAUCUUACGUUUUCGGAUCUUGACAUGCUGCUUUACUUAUGAUAUUUAAAUUGGAACACCAAUUGGUCUUACACCUCAUUUAGUAUCAAAUUCCUCUGAUAUCAUGUAAUUUAUGUUGACCAUAAGUUAAGUGAAUCCGAACACAUUUUUCAGAAUGCCGAAAAUCUAUUGAAUACUUAGUUUUGAUUAUCAGUUGCAUUGGACAAAAUGUAUUUAACAACAUAACAAAUAAUAUUCAAUUCAAGAUAACUAUAAAAAUGGUGAACUAACUUCUCGAGACAUGCAAGUUCGCGAACUUAAAUCUUUUUCAAUGAUAUUCGACGAACUUAUAUUUUUUUAUGUAGCUUAAUGCCUCAACAACUUAUGGCGAACUUAAUAUUGCAUUACAUCAAUUAUAUCUCAGAAUCUUAAGUAUAGUAUAUCUAACAGUUUUUACACAAAAUACCAAAAGUAUAUUUAGAAAAAAAUAUAUAUAUAUAUGUA